CGGUCACACUAUUGACGUGGCCUCAAAAUUUUUUGUUCUGUUCUUCGGAAAAUGCAAAAAGUUUGCAUUUGUUAAGAUAAUUGUACUCAGCAGAGAACGAAGCCAAUUCCACGGUAUUCGUCUGCCAGUCCAGGACGUAAUCGGAUCCAUCCGGAGUACGCGAGGAACGCCAGAAAUCGCGAGGAAAAGAUAUUAGUGCGGUGGAAAGUUUUUGGGAGUGAAGAGAGUGUAAGGCAGAGCCGUAAAAAUCGUUUUAAUCGCUUUCGCGGAGAAAAAAUUAGCCCUAGACUCACCCAGAUCCCAUAGUUAAGUGCCCAUCCAACGGAUUUCACAACUUUCACGGGUUUUUCCACGGAAUUAAAGGCGGAAAAGCCAAUUCGGAGCCCGCAGCAAAAUCGCCAAUCAAGGGCGCAAGAAGAAGAGGCAACUACAAAGUGCAAGUGCUGGUCGAGACACUACAUGCCACUGAAAACUCAAACUCGGAAAGGUGAUAAGUGACUGACCUCGAACUUAUGAAUUAGCAGUAUGUCGACCUACAAUCCGAACAUCGUUCCUCCCGCCCACGCUCCCAUGCCGCUGAAUGGCAACAAUCUGGUGAACGGAUUGCCUGGAGGCGUCCAGCAGCAGCCAGGCCCCCCGACUGGCCAACCGUAUUUGCCUCAGAAGCAACCACAGCAGUUCCAGCAGCCACCACCUACAGCAGCUUAUCCUGGAGCACCGGGUAACCUGCCUCCACCGCCGCAGUUCAACAGCAGCAUUGCGAGUCAGUUCUUGCCGACCACGACAGUAGGAGCUCCUCCUCAGCAGCAAUUGCCACCCAGCACAUUGCCGCCACAUCUGCGUCCGCCCACCGUCAACGGACCACCGCUUACCAACGGCAGCAAUGGGGCGUCCAGCGCCAACUCUUCGCGCACUGCCUCCCCAAGACCAGUAGCAGCAGCUCCUCAAUAUGCCCAAGGACCCAUCGCAGCAACACCGAACAAUCCGCCACUUGCUUCCGGUCUACGUCCUGCGCCCCAACCCGUCAAUCAAUCCCUGGCCAACUUAACGAGCAAUCUUGAAAAUCUGAACUUGAACACGAACCGGACAAAUGGAGGUGCUAGCGUCGUGCCCCCGCCCCAGCAACAGUACCCGCCUCUGGCUCAGAAGGAUUACAGAGGCGUCGCUACGGCACAGUCGGGCCCUCCGCAGUUCAGCGAUGCUAGCAGUCUUUUGGCGGCGAGCGGAGUGGUAUCUCCAGUCGUUCCCAAUGCAAUGGCGACUCCAUUUAGUCAGAAGCCUCCCAACUUGGCUCCUCAUCCAGCCAAGAUGUUUGGAAGUGCAUCGGUACCUGGCAGACCAGCAGUGCCACCGGAGGGUCAAAGAAUGCCUUACGGAGUACCACCGACGACAAACUCCGAUCAGCAAAAUCAGCAGAACAACAACUUGCAAAGGGCAGCGCCGCCUCCAGGAGCGGGAACGACCUGGCCCAAUAGUUUGCCAAAGGCAUCAAUGCCCGGAUCACAGCCUCUACUGCCUCCACAGCAACAGCAAAUUCAGACGCGGCCGUACCCCUAUUCACAGGCGUAUCAAUCUGCACCACAACAACAACCACCUCUCCCGCAGUCUGCAGUGCAGCCUCCAGGAAUGUUUGGAGCUCAGCCUACUGCAGCUCCACUGCAGUAUCAAGCCCAGGCGCCUCCACAAGUCUAUGGACAGCAACCGCAGCAACCACCUCAGGCAGCACCCGGUGGACCGUAUGGCACCCCAGCUCCACCGAACGUAGCUCAGCAGGGAUUUAGUCGGUUGUGGGGACAGGACACUAUUGAUCUGAUGCAAAAUCGACACAUCUUGUCGCCAGCAACGUUGCCGCCGCCAAAAGUAAUUCUGCAUAACCAGUUCCACGAAUCUAUCAACUGCAGCCGGAGUAUCAUGCGCUGCACGUUGACCAAGAUCCCAGAGAGCAACUCUUUGCUUCAGAAGUCACGUCUGCCUCUGGGCAUUGUGAUACAUCCGUUCCGCGAUGUCAAUAGCCUGCCUGUAAUUCAAUGCAUCAACAUUGUUCGCUGCCGGCUAUGCCGCACUUACAUCAAUCCCUUCGUCUAUUUCGUGGACAGCAAAAUGUGGAAGUGCAAUCUAUGCUAUCGGGUUAACGAAUUGCCCGAUGAUUUUCAAUUUGAUCCGGCCACUAAGACGUACGGCGACGUAGCCCGACGACCCGAAGUGCGCUCCAGUACUAUCGAGUUCAUAGCACCCUCGGAGUACAUGCUUCGUCCGCCUCAACCGGCCAUGUACCUGUUUCUCUUCGACGUUUCGAUCAUUGCGCAACAGAGCGGCUAUCUUGAGGCCGCCUGUGCCACACUCAACCGGCACUUGGAUGAGAUGCCCGGCGAUGCGCGUACCCAAGUAGGAUUCAUCUGUUUCGAUAGCUUCGUGCACUUCUACAGCAUGGCUGAGGGGCUAAACCAGCCCCACGAAAUGACGCUGCUAGACAUUGAGGACAUAUUCCUGCCACGUCCUGAUAGUUUGCUGGUGAACCUGAAGGAGUGCAAGGAGCUGGUGCGGGAUCUGCUGAAACAGCUGCCCAAGCGGUUUGCCCAUACUCACGACCCGGGUUCCGCCUUGGGAGCUGCGCUGCAGGUGGCUUUCAAACUAAUGCAAGCGUCAGGCGGCCGCAUCACCGUCUUUCAAUCGUGCCUUCCCAACAAGGGACCCGGCGCCUUGGAGCCGCGCGAGGAUCCCAACAAUCGCUCAGCAAAGGACGUGGCCCACCUAAAUCCGGCCACCGACUUCUACAAGCGUUUUGCCUUGGAGUGCUCCGGCUAUCAGAUAGCAUGCGACCUCUUUCUGAUGAACCAGCAGUACAGCGAUAUGGCAACCAUAUCUGGCAUCAGCAAACACAGCGGCGGCUGUGUGCACCACUUCCCGCUUUACCAGAAGACGAAACCGCAUAUGGUUGACUCGUUUCGUACGUGUUUCAAACGCUAUCUUACCAGAAAGAUCGGCUUCGAGGCGGUAAUGCGAAUUCGCUGCACUCGCGGUCUGCAGGUGCACACAUUCCACGGCAACUUCUUCGUGCGCUCUACGGACUUGCUCUCGCUGCCAAACGUGAAUCCAGAUGCUGGCUAUGGCAUGCAGAUCUCUUACGAUGAAAGCCUCACGGACGUGAAGACGAUCUGUUUCCAAGCGGCGCUUCUCUAUACUAACAGCGAAGGCGAACGUAGGAUCCGAGUGCACACAGUAUGCUUGCCAGUAACAGCAUCGUUGCCAGAGGUUAUGCAUUCGGCGGAUACGGAGGCAAUUAUCGGGUUGCUGUCCAAGAUGGCUGUGGAUCGUUCGGUGGCUUCUAACUUGUCAGAUGCUCGCGAUGCCUUCAUCAACGCUACGAUCGACGUGUACAACGCCUUCAAGAUAGCACAAAAUCUGCCGUCGGGACAGUCGGGUCAGUUGAUAGCCCCACGCAGCCUGGCGCUGCUGCCACUUUAUAUCCUGGGUCUACUGAAGCACCCCGCUUUCCGCGUAGGUACCAGCACACGAUUAGAUGAUCGGGUGUUCGCCAUGGACUGUAUGAAGACGCUGCCGUUGGAUCAACUGAUGAAGUACGUCUAUCCGGAGCUGUACAAGAUCGAUGCGCUGAUCUAUCAUGCCCGCAACUCAAACGUGAGUUCGACACAGGACGACGACGAUGACGAAGAGGAACCGCUGCCGGAGAUACCGCGUCUGCAACUGUCUGCAGAACAUUUGGACUCGCGGUCAAUAUUCCUUAUGGAUUGCGGAACGCUAAUAAUGCUUUAUGUUGGCCUGAAUGUGCCGCCGGAUGUUUUGGAAGCUGUUCUGGGCAUAAGCUCUACUGCAGAGCUGGGUGACUAUGUAUACGGAUUGCCAAAUGUUGUGAGCAACGAGAACGAUGUGCUGAAGCGUUUUAUUUUGCGACUGAACUACGAUAAGCCCUACCCGGCACUGGUGCAGAUAAUUAGGGACACGAGUACGGCCAAGGGCCAGUUCAUUGAGAGAUUAACCGACGAUCGCAGUGAAUCUAGUUUGUCAUACUAUGAAUUUUUGCAACACAUUCGGGCUCAGGUUAAAUAGUACAUAAGCAGGAAAUCCUACCACUAUUGUAUGCAACAUAAAUACGAGUUUCUUAGAACCUAAAAACUCAAACUCUGGUGACUAAAAGCAAGAAGCGAAUUGCAGGUGAAACUGGCGCAACACAAUGAUGGAGACCAGAAUGGGACACACACAUCUACUAGAUUCCCCUUUGCCCUUACCCCUAAAACCAUCCCCUUAACCACUCUCUCGGCUUAGGUAAUUUUAAAGUGCAUGUAUUUAUUUAUUUGUUGAUUUGUUGCACUAAAAAUAAAAUUAAAUCAAUUAAAGAACAUAGUCAAUGCGAGAGAGCUAACUUGUCACAACCGAAACUAGAUAUCGUUGCCAGUUCGAUUUAGGCGAACAUUAGUCAAAAGUCCAUCUAACCAGUCAGUAGAGCUCCCCUGCAAGCGGAUUGCACUGUUAUUUAUUAUAGAUAUUUUAUGCAAUAAACCAACGAAACUCUGUUGUAAAUUAUAAUUUAGCGCGAUUUUCGUUCGUUCCAACUGCUUCAAACAUUCUGCAAAAAACUCUCAGUCCCACACAAAUUGUUAUUGCUUAUCCUAUUUGUUUGCUGUUUUCAGUAGUAUUUAUUUUCCGGAAUCCAGAGGAAACUAUCAUACAAGUCGAUUUAUUUUUAAGUUGAAGGUUAGGCGCUGUGUUGCACGGUAGUUAGUGAACUUAUUUCAAACGAAUGUACGGGAACAGAUUUGGUAUUGUGUAUUGCAUUGAUUGGACUGCUAGAAAGUGAAUGUCUUAAGCUUAGAAGAAAUAUUAUACUGUAUCAAAAAUAAAAGACCCCCAUCCCUGUA